AUGUGCGGGAACCCCCCCGUGUGCGGAGACCCCCUGGGUGCGUGGAGAUCCCUCAGGUGUGAACGGACACGCGUGUGCGGGGACACGGAGGUGCGGGGACCUCCCGCCCGCCAGAACCCCCUGGGUGCGUGGAGAUCCCUCAGGUGUGAACGGACACGCGUGUGCGGGGACACGGAGGUGCGGGGACCUCCCGCCCGCCAGAACCCCCUGGGUGCGUGGAGAUCCCUCAGGUGUGAACGGACACGCGUGUGCGGGGACACGGAGGUGCGGGGACCUCCCGCCCGCCAGAACCCCCUGGGUGCGUGGAGAUCCCUCAGGUGUGAACGGACACGCGUGUGCGGGGACACGGAGGUGCGGGGACCUCCCGCCCGCCAGAACCCCCUGGGGUCACCAGGGACCGUGGUGGCCCUUUGUCCCCGCAACAAGCCCAGGGCCACCAGCCACCCACGGCCGGGGGUCCCCAGCGCGGGGGUCGGGGACGCCGCCCCCCCCGAGGGGCCCGAGUCUGGCAAGGCCAAGGCCGAGUAUCGCAACUACAGGCACCCACUGUCUCUCCAGAGCGCCCAGUACGGGAGCUGCUCCCUGCGGAAGAUGGGGGCCAUGGAGGCGCUGGAGCUGCUGGACCAGCUGGUGGACGAGUCGGACCCCGACGUGGACUUCCCCAACUCCUUCCACGCCUACCAGACGGCCGAGGGCAUCCGCAGGGCGCACCCCGACAAAGACUGGUUCCACCUCGUGGGGCUGCUGCACGACCUGGGGAAGGUGCUGGCGCUGUUCGGGGAGCCCCAGUGGGCCGUGGUGGGGGACACCUUCCCGGUGGGCUGCAAGGUGCAGAAGUCCGUGGUCUUCGGGGACACCACCUUCCGUGACAACCCCGACACCAAAGACCCCCUGUACAGCACCGAGUACGGGAUGUACCAGCCCCGCUGCGGCCUGGAGAACGUCCUCAUGUCCUGGGGACACGACGAGUACAUGUACAGAGUCAUGAAGUUCAACCGCUUCACCCUGCCCAAGGAGGCCUUCUACAUGGUGCGGUUCCACUCCUUCUACCCCUGGCACGCGCACGGGGACUACAUGCACCUCUGCUCCGAGGAGGACCUCCGCAUGCUGCCCUGGGUCCGGGAGCUCAACAAGUUCGACCUGUACACCAAGCAGGAGGAGCUGCCUGACGUCCAGCAGCUCCGGGGCUACUACCAGGCCCUCAUCGACAAGUACUGCCCCGGGCAGCUCUGCUGGUGAGAGGGACCCCCCCACUGGGGCAGGACCCCCACACCGGGACCCCCACGCUGCAGCAGGAUCCCCCCACCAGGACUGCUGCACCACAUGGGGACACCAGCACCAGGACACCAGCACUGCACCGGGACCCCCGCAUGGCACCGCGACCCCCCCACUGGACCACAACCACAGCACCGGGACCCCCACCUCAGGAC